UAGUAUAUUGCCGGAAUAACCUACAUUGACAUCUUUCUGAGAGAAGCAAUCAAAAUCUAUUUCUUUAAUUCAUGCGAUAUGAAUCAAUGGCCGAUCGAUGUUUUGCACAGAUAUGCAAACGCGUUUUCAUGAAGUAAGACGUAUUGAUAUUUCACUCAUUUAAACAUUGCGAUACUAAACUGAGCUCGCUUCAGAUCCGAUACAUUAACUGGAGUAAUCGAAUAAACAAUUUAUUGACUCUUCCUCUAUGGUUUUUACCGAUCCAGGACCAUCAGCAUUCAGCAACGAAGUUUCUGAGCGGUUUUUGUUCAAUUUCAAUAGACAUAUGGAUCUGACAUUGUUUAAGCGAAUCGUUAAAGUUUGUCCUGGUGAGAAUGUGUAAAAUAUUGAUGUGUUUCGGGUAUACAUCCACAAUUUACUAAGAUCCAUUGUUGCAUUCGCCUGGACGUGUACGACCUAUUUGGAUAUAAUUGAUUAACUUACCAAUGUGACACGUGAGAGAUCGAGAUGCUGCAUUAAUACAGCUUUAGUGGUUUUUAGUCAUUAGUCAUAUACCUUUUUCCCUUGGUGCCAUAGUCGCAAUCUUGACUAGUAAAGGUUAUUGUUGAUAGUCAGUCCAAGUGAUCCCGACAUAUUCAAACAUGUUUCCGAGAUUUUAAAACAUCGAUAGUCGAGGAGUUAGGUUUAGUGUGGAUGUGAUUCCCUACUGUGUACUUUGUUUUAUUGGUGGCUAGUUAAAUGCGCCAACAAAACCAAUAUUUUUCAUCAGAAUCCAUUACGGGAGGCAAAACUUGCAAGAUUUUGUUGGACAGUUUUGUAGUGAUGUGUAAAAAGUGAAUUUAAAUGGGCUUUUUUCUUAACACAACGAGAAGAAAGUAGAUUCUUUGUGACGGUUUUCAUCCAGCCGGAUGAGAAAUCGCACAUGAAAAGCCAUCCCAUCGGGAGUCUUUGUAGCCAAGGAAUUAGCAUCUUGUAGGAGAAAAUCUUCACCAAUUUAUUGAUCAUAUUUAGGGAUUAAACAGAAAAUGUCGAAGAAAAGCUUUAGUGGUUGACCCGAGAAAUAGUUUGAAUCAAACGUCUUUCCAUUCCAUUUCCUUCGCCAUCACGGGCUCUGUACUUAUGUUAAGGACUGACUCUCGGGGCUGAAUCAGAAUGUGCCCGCUCUCUAGUCAGGCUUUUCCUGUUGUUGAUACGGGCCAACGAUGAAAUGCACCUUCUUUGGAAAGAAAUCUGUGUCCAAAGAAGAUUUAUACGUAAAAAAAGAAGAAAUGAUGCUUGAUAGUGUCCUAGGAAGCUUCGCCACGUACGCCCGGCUCAAAGGCCGGUAUGACGACGAUUGGAUAGAUAGACUUAAUCAUCUAUACACCACCAUCAUCUUCAUUAUCUUUACAAUCGUCGUCAGCACCAAGCAGUAUGUCGGAGAACCAAUUCAUUGCUGGUGCCCAGCAGAAUUCAUGGAAUCGAUGGUGGACUAUACGAACAAUGUCUGUUGGAUCCAAAACACGUACUACGUGCACGUGGAUGACGACAUUCCGAAGACGCAGCUCGCACGAGAGGAUCGCCAAAUUAAGUAUUACCAGUGGGUACCGAUGAUACUGCUAUUCCAAGCUUUAUUGUUUAAAGUCCCUUGUAUCUUAUGGCGCAUCUUGACCGCUUCCGCGGGGGUCAAUUUGGAUAAGAUUGUGACGUUGGCGGCAGAGACCCAGUACAUAUCACCAGAGGAUCGAGAAAAGACGAUUAAACACAUCGUGCGAUACAUGGACCGAUGGUUAGAGAACGCUAGAGAGUACCGAUCAGGGUGUUUUAUACGCUUGCGACAAACGAUUUCCAAAUACUGUUGUAUUGUCUGUGGUAAAAGAUAUGGGAAUUAUCUGGUGACUAUAUAUAUGAUCAUCAAAUUACUGUAUAUGACAAAUGCAAUCGGUCAACUGUUUAUCCUGAAUGAAUUUCUGGGUACAAACUACAAUGCAUACGGUUUGGAGGUGAUGCAGCAUUUGGCCGAAGGCAUCGAAAUGGUGGAUUCCAUCCGAUUUCCUCGAGUAACCCUGUGUGAUUUUAAAAUUCGAAAACUCGCAACCGUGCAACAGUACACCGUCCAGUGUGUGUUGCCUAUUAAUCUUUUUAAUGAAAAGAUAUUCAUUUUCAUUUGGUUUUGGCUAGUGUUUGUUGCUGUAUUAAGUUCGGCUAAUUUCUUAGUAUGGUGUUACACUAUGAUAUUCAGACAGCAUCGGGUACGCUACUUAAAGAAAUUCUUACGCAUCAAUGAUUGCUAUAAGUCAGAACUUGACAAAAAGAUGGCUGUUAAGUUUGCUGAGCAAUAUCUGAGACAGGAUGGCAUAUUUGUUCUCAGACUUGUAGGGAAAAAUGCCAAUGACGUAUUAGUUAGCGAAAUAAUACUUCAACUAUGGACACACUAUAGAGGCAAACCUUUGUUUAAACAUGCCAACCAAAUGAGUGAUGACAACAGCAAUGUCUGACUAACCGCGCAUAAACUGCUUAAAUUGGUGAAGAGUCAGUAUUUGAUGUAUCCCUGCCAAGACGGUACUCCGAACUGUGACGUCAUAAAGAUGGACACGUCAUCAAACGGGUACCUGCGAAACGAACAGUUUGAGACAGAAGUCUAAGACUUGUUAAGUUUCAUAAAAACGUCCAUGAUUCCUAUUGUAGUCUACAAUUUUUUCGAUAGGUUGAUAUAUAUGCAAAAUAAUAUGCAUCUGUAUUAUGUUGUAGCAAUAAUAAUUUUUUUCAGAUAAAUUGCAAAUGAUUUCCCAAUGGAUUUCAAGAAUUUUUUUCUUGAAAAUGUAGUUUCUUUAGAUUUUUUUUCGAAACUGUCAACAAUUCUACGUAAAAUUUGUUAUAUUUUUUUUUAAAUCAUUCAAAAACCACUAAUUAUAUAACGUCUGGUAGUCUACAGUUUAUAGUACAUGUACAUUUAGGUUCAUCCAGGCGUUAAAAUGCCCAUUUUCUGGGCAAUUUUAUUUGAAAGAAGUAAUAUUCAGAAUAAUCAUUAGAAAAAAAAAUUUACAUUUAAUAUUUUGAUCUUAAAAUGAGUAAACAUAUCUGUAAAAUGUGGCUAUAUUGCCUUGUCACUGGACGGAAAUGUUUGUGGACUAAAUUGCCCGUGUUAAGCCAAAUAUCUGACAAGUUUGCAAUGUUCGAUCAGCCAUCUACUUUAUCACUCAUUUAACGAUUAUGUAAUGAUAACCAUUAACGUUGAAGGCAAUCUCAAAAAGAGUCCAUACCCAAUGAUCAUUUACAAGUCAAAAUAUCAAAGUAGCCAGGUCUACUAGAUAUUGCCAAAAUUGCCCCACUGCCAAUUGAUCUCGAAUUACUGUCUCAGAAAACCAUGUUAUAAUAAAAUCCAAAGGCAGUCAUUUUUAUGUUUAUUUACAUUUUUAACACGACCCUUAAUGCCUUAGCUUGCUUUUAUUGUUCGAGAAACUGUGAUUUAGAUAUUGCCAAGGCAUCUUGACAUGCAAUAUAUAGAAUUCAUGACAGGCAGAUUUAAAAAAUCUUUCAAUUAAAAAAAAAAUUGCAGAAGAUAGAAACGUUUUCAAUAAAAAAUAUUAGCAUGGAUUGAUACGAGAUUUUAAGCGAGAUGAAAAUGCACAAAGCAGUUUUUGUUAGUCCGGAGUCGUGAAGUCUCCUAUCAUCUGUCAAAACGGAAAAAUUUUAUCGUUAGCUGUUAUUAACAGAUAUCUCUGGUUUGUUCAUAUAAGGUUUGUCAUUUCAUGAUUUGGGUAUAAAAUCAAUUAUUGUAAUAUAUUGCUCUGUUGCUGCAAGGCUUUUUGGUACAUUAUCACAGUGAAUGAUUUUACUUCCUUGCAGAAAUAAUCUGUCGUUUUGUCUUUUUGCAACAAGUCAAAUUGUAAUUUUGACGACCUGGCAGGUAUAGAUUGUUAUUUUUUGGACUCCUGAGACUAAAGAGUUCACAUCCCAGUUACAGUUCACUUGCCUUUGAUCCUGUCUUUCUUCAAAUUUGAAUUCACUCCUCCUCAGGUUUGCACACGUAAGCAGAGAAAUCAAUAUGCUCCUUAGAUAUUGAUUAUGUCUUUUCGACUUAUUUAGUUUGCCGAUCUAUGAUGAUUAAAUGGUUAGAAUCAAUCGAUUAUUUUUGUUUUAUUGUCAAUGCAUGCUACAUUCUAACACAGCCAAUGUUUGUAUGAUAUUUUACGUGGGUUUGAUACUUGCAUAUUUAUUGACACACUAUGAAAAAUACAUUGUUAGUCUCCCCUUGAAGUCCAUAAUACUCUAAUUCGCUACCGUAUUGCAUAUCUGUUAAAGUCUUUAAGAGACAAUCGGCUUCUAUAUAUAAACAUCUUCAUUAUUACAUAGUUCAAUGAUUCUUCUGAGAAAAUCUAUAGGAGAAAACAAUUUUCUUGGUUUGGGGUUAAAAAAUGUCCAUGUACUUAGAUGUCGGUGUACUCUUUCUGACAGUUGGUAGCUAUUGUAUAAUUUUCAGCCAAGAGUUAAAAAACAGUGGUAUCCAGAUACAGUAUUAAAAACAGUUUAGAUUGAUUAGAAAUGUAGAAAUAUUUGUUAAGAGUGUAUCAUUACUUCUCUUUCUUACAUGAUCUAGAGACUUCAUGAUGUAUUUAUCUAAAAUUCCCCAAAUCCGGGAAAAGAUAAAUACAGAUAUACAUCUCUUGUAUCAUCCGGAGGAGUAGUGGUACCGAAUGGAAAGUUUAUAUCUAGUGUUAAUCAAAUCAACAGAUUAAUUUAUUGGUUUCCAGGUCUUCGGAGACUUUAGCCACACCGAUGUCUGGGUUGCAAACUUCCGUUCGUUGCAUAAUACUGUAUGAAAUUGUUAAGAUUUUAAAAACUUAUGUCUUGUUGUACAUAUGUGGUUGUGAAUACACCAUACUUGUUGGGAGUGUUUGAACAAGUUUUCGGGUUUUGAUUAUUAUUUAGAUAAUAGAUUAGACAAUAUAUGUAUACCCAGAAUUAGCUUGUGAUGUUGUAUAGUUGAGGACCAAUUGUUACAAAGUCCUCAAUUGAAAUAUGAAAAUUAUGUUUUGUGAAAUAAAAAAUUUCAAUGUAAAAGUGCAAUAAUGAUUAAGUAUAAGGCUUCAUCAGUUGUCAAUUUCAUACAAACGAUUUCGAUUGUUUAAAGUAACGAAUUUACGAUGAUUGAUUCGAAAAAUCUGCUUUUUUUAAACAAAUAUAAUUAAUUAGUUACCAAAUCACGCAUAAUCAAAGGACAUCAACAUUUGAAAAAAUUGAAAUUAUUUAUUAUUAUUAUUAUAUUUAUUAUUUUAAAUUUAUUUUGUGAAGAUUAAAGAAUGACUUAUCAUAAAGAAACAAUGAUAGAUUAAUGAAAAUUGAAAUUAAUUGAACAAAACAAAAUCACAAUUGAUGUGGACUUGAAUAAUUAAUAAGUUUCGUCUUUCAUAUGCAUUAACUCGUCAUUUCCCAAGUUUAUUCACUCUUUAUUUUGAAUUGCAAUUUCUUUUAAUCUAUGCAAUAUUAGCAUAUUGCAUAUUCAGCCAUGUGACAUGAAAGUUUGCGUUAUUUUAGUGAUUCAUAAGAAAUUCAUAACUUCUCAGAUCUUUUUUUUUAUCGUUGAUAUCAUCAUGCUAUAGAAAUUCUUUGCCCAGCUUUAUUCUUCUUUUGUUUCAUAUACUACCAUCAGAGCGUUUUCCAUGUAAGAACGAGAAAGUCGUUUGUAGCAGAGUGGUUUGCACAACCAUUGAUUAAAUGUGGCAUGACUGUUCUCAUUUUUUUGUAUCUAAAGAAAAUCAUUGAAAUUAAGAUGUACGGCUUGCAACUGUUCCCAGGGGCGUAAUGAAUUGUUUUCUCCGGACAGGCCAUUCCGUUCCACUCUCUGAAGCGAUGCUAUUUAUGUUGAUAUCCUUCAAUCACGUGUACUUCGUGACAAUAAAUUAUUUACUGUAUGGGGUAAGCUUACCAGUCAUUGGGAUAGAUAGGCCAUGUUGAGAACGCAAUUUUCAUCUAUCACGUAAUGCCUAGUCUUAGUUUUUUUUAAUGAGCAGACAUUUGCCUUUCUUUCUGUGUAGCGUUAUGACAUUCUGUUGAUCAUGCUGCCUCAGUUCCACCUGAUGAUAUGUGAUGCUUUAGAUGAACCCAUUAAGUUUGACGUGCAAUGUUGAAUUUUGUGUACAUAUAGUGCAUUGCAAAUAUCUUUCUUUGAAGUCAUUUGUUCCAGUGUUUUUUUACCAUGAAUAAACAUGACCAAAAGUGGUA